CGAGAUAAUUCAAAACAAAAAUAGUUUCAUCUUGGCCGCAGAUCGCGGACCCACACCCUCCACUCCUAAUUCCUUUUGCCGCAUCCCGCGAGAACAUCCCGGUGCGGGGGGCCUUCAGUGCGCUUGUCCGCCGAACCAAAGUGCUUCAAUGUCAGAAAAUUGGCAGCGUGUCGUCCCCCCAUCCUUCUCUCGCUGAAAGUUCAGUGACAGUUCGCGGAAAUCUCAGCAGGCCUCUGCUGAUAAAAGCAGAAUAAUUAUCUAAUCCAGCACCGGGAUCCGGAACGUGACGGUUCCGGUCGGGGUCACGGCCCAGCGAUGCGCAAGUACCAGCAGCUGGCCCUGGUCCUCAUCUCGAUUAGCUGCGUGGCCAUUCUGCUGGUGUACAAAUCCGAAAACAAUCGUCUCAAGUAUGUCCUGGAGGUGGUAAAUAUUUUCGGCCGGAGCGAUACCGCCUCGUUGAUCCGGAUUGAUAACAGCAGCCGGUACCGGAACUCGGUUCCGUACGAUUUCGACAGUCCACUGCCGGCGUGGCAACGGGUCGGCGCGGACCUGUACGUCUAUUCCGCCUACUGGCAGAAGAAUGACCUCGAGGCCGGCGGAACCGUGGUCAGCUUGGCCGUCGGCCUCGAGCAGUCCAUCGUGAACUUCAAGUGCCAGGUGCAGCACGGCGGAAAGGACGUCGUGCCGGGGAAGUUUCUCUUCAGCCGGGUGGAGAGUCCGACCGGGUCGGUGGCUGCGCCGAACGGGGAAGUGUUCACCAUCUACAAGUUUCUGUGCAAGGUGAAGCGGGACUUUGGCCAGCCCACGGAGGUGGUGUUUACCGAUGCGACGCACUCGAUAAAAAGAUACAUCCCGUUGCGCGUCAUCGAGAGCAAGUCGAUCCCGCAGAAGAUGACGAUGACGGCGUGCGUCGACCUGAACAACUACCUGGAACUGGAGGACGAGUUCCGGAAGCCGUCGGCGGUGCUGCAGUUCUUCCUGCACCACCAGAUCGUGGGCGUGGACGACUUUAUCGUGUACAACAGCAACGCGCUGGACUCGACGACGACGGCGAUGCUGUACAACCACGGCAUCAAGAUCAACCUGCUGCCGUACAACUUUCCGUUCGAUUUGGCCAACAAGCAGCAGAAUCGGUUGAUCAUCGAGCUGGACUGUCUGAUGCGGAACUACAACGCGGCGCGGUACACGUUUGUGGGUGCGAUCAACGAGUAUUUGUACCCGAACUCGCGGUUGAGGAGUAAUAAUCAGUUUCUGAAGUACGCCGGCAAGGUGUCGAGCGACGUGACGCAGUUUACGGUGACGACGCGCACGAUCUGCGUGGACAAGCGGCGGAAGAUCUUCUCGGACAAUUUGCUGUACGACGUGGACGCGCGGAACGACCGGCCGUUUGUGAUUCACCGGCCGUUGGACUACAAUAGGACGGGGUCGGCGCCGCCGGAGCUGGUCAAAUCGUUGACUGUGGAGCGGGGCAUUAUGUUUGUGCACCGGUACAUCGAGAACUGCGUCGGCAAGUCGGACCUGUACGACUGGAGCACCACGCUGGACGCGGACUUUCUGCAGUACGUGUCCGAGGUCGGCAAGGAACUGAACAAGCUGAUCUACCGAUAAGUCGGGGCGACGUCCAGAAAAACUCAAAAGUGUAACUCCCUCUACCUUAGAAAACCAUGUUUGCUCGUUAUUUAUUUCAACAAACAGUUCCCUUUGUGAGUAGUUUGCAUUAGUUUUUUUUUUGUCGUACAAAAUAUCCAACUCGUAGAGGAUUGAAAGUAGCAAAAUAUCAAAAGCUGAAAAAAGGGGCAGAGACGCACACAGCUAGGCAGCACAAUUUAAGGAAUAUUCCUAGGCCUACUACAAGCGCGCAAAUUAGAAGAUGGAAAAGAAGGCCUCGGCGCAGCGCCAUUUAGAAAAUGCUAAUCAACGAUUUUAAACCAGAAAAUGAUCACGUAGUUUUAUACACUUUUGAUACAAUUGCCCCUCCCAGAGAAGAAGCAAGCAACGAUCGCGAGUGACUGUACAGCGUACAAUACUGAAUAAUUAUUAGAAGGAAAGCAACAAAUAUCCUAAACUCCAAUUCUCAAAAUAUCGACUUUCGAAUUUUAAUAAUAUAAAAUUAUCAAUUGAUUCAAUUA